AUGGCCCAACGAAUGCGCGCGGAUCGCGCGUCGGCGUCGCCCCGCGCGGGGUUCACGCUGAGGCUGUCGGAGGCGGAGCUUCGCAGCCGUCGUGCGCGGCGGGCUCGAUGGCGCGCGCCGCCGCUGAUGGCCUGCGUCGGGAUGGGCCGCGCGGGCGCGCCCUGGGGGUUCGGCGAAUCCGCGGCGGAGAUCAUCUCCGGGAUCGCCGCCGCGCCCGUCGUCGGCGUCGACGACCGCGGCGCGCGCGCCGCCGCGCCCGAAGCGGCCGCCGUCCCAUCCGACCCCACGACCGCCACCGCCGAUAAAUCGUCGCGUCCCACGCCCCGUCGCACGCGCCGACCGACGUACAACGGCCUUCGUCUGCUGCCGCUGUGGGAGGUGAAGCCCGGGGGCGAACCGCGGCAGUACUGCCUCGACCGCGGUAUCGUCCGCCUCCUGCUGCCCGAGGAGCAAGACGCGAUCAAGCAUCGCGAAGGGACGGCGGGCUCGGGUACCGACCCCCGACGGCGAGGGGGGCAUCACGGCAAGGUCAACGCGGCGGCGGUGCAGUUUCGGCGAAUGGAGCGCACGGCGGUGCGCGCGCGCAACUCGCUCUUUCCCGCGCGCGAGUCCGUCACCGAGGACUACUGGGAGUACGCCAAGUUUCGCUUCCUGCAGAGGAUGGCGAGCUCGUGCAUAACCGUCUUCGCCACGCAGCAGAUGUUGGCGGCCAUCGGCAUGGGCGCGAGUAGGCGGUUACCCGCGGCGGCGGCCAUCAACUGGGUGCUGAAGGACGGUCUGGGCCGACUCGGUAAGCUCGGCGUCGCCGCGAACUUUGGUCGGGAGUUCGAUUCCGACGUGAAGCGAUUUCGGUUCACGUCCUCCGUCGUGUACGACGCGUCGUCGCUCGUCGAGAUGAUCACGCCGUUUUUUCCCAAAAAGUUUCUGGCGCUGGCGACGCUCGCCAACAUAGGCAAGAGCGUGGGAAUAACCACCGCGAACGUGGUGAGGGCGCCCAUACAGAGAUCGUUCGUGUUGGAGGAGAACCUGGCGGAGGUGGCGGCCAAGACGAGCGCGCAGCAGGUGGUGGCCGAUAACCUCGGCCUCGCCGUCGCGGUUUUGGCCACCGGACUCACCGGAAAAGUCGUCAACGACAGGGCUCGGCUGAUCAUCCCGUUCGUCGCCUUCAUCCCGUUGGCGACGAUGGAUUUGUACUGCAUAUACCGCGAGCUCAAGGCUGUGCAGCUCACGACCAUCAACAAGGAGCGCGCGGAGAUCAUAUGCGAUCACUGGAUAAACGUCGGAACCGUGCCGGGCACAAAGUACGUGUCCGACGCGGAGCGUCUGUUCAUCCCGGCGAGGAUGGACGAGUCCACCCUGCCCCUUCGCGUCGCCGGUCUGCACGAGGCGUGCCCGACCCCAAACGCGCUCGCGAACGCGCUAUCUGUCGGGGUGGAUCGAUCGAUCGUCGAAGGCGAUCGAUCGAUGAUCGAAGGCGAUCGAUCGAUGAUCGAAGGCGAUCGAUCGAUGAUUGAAGGGACUUCACGAGGGCGUCCCUACGUGCUCACCUACGUUCCGGGUAAGUCCAAGGCGAACCCCGCGCUGCGCUUCGCGGAGGCGGUCGGCGAGCGAUGCGGCGUCGUCGCGAGGGGGAAGAAGGCUCGAGGCGUCAAGGGCACCGCGUACCUGUCCCUUCGUCAGGGCGCGACGAGCCGGGACGUGUUGCGGGGGAUGCUGCAGGUGGCGCACCUGCGGCACCUGCCGUUUCGGGCCGAUCUGGACGCGGACGCCGCGAGGCGGUGGGCGCUGGAGGAGAGCGCGUCACGGGCGGCGGCGGACGUCGACGCGUUCAUGGCGGAGCUGACACGCGCGGGGUGGCAACACCAGAAGGUGCUGCUGUCGAGCGCGGAGAGAGCGCCGUUCGCGGUGGAGGGCGGCGCCGAGGGGUGGGAGGAUCUCGCGGAGGCGCUCUCUCCGAGCGGGGGCGACGGGGAUGCGAAGCGGGGCGGGGAGGAUUGA